AGUUACAAAAAUAAUGACAUUAACAAAUUAUUGUCAAUAGACCAUAAUUAUAAAAUAAAAUGAAUAAUGUUGAAACAAACCUAAAAUUACAGAAUGCAUAUUAUCAUCCCAACAGAUUUUGUUAUGAUAAUUCUAACCUGAAUUAAAUACAUAUUCCAUCUGUGUACAUAAACAAUUAUCUUCAACAGCAUGGGCAUUACCUGAAACUGUCAAGAGAUGGAGUCAUCUUAUUUAUCCACACACAAGGGUUCCAGCAAAGCUAGGGCCGGACAUUGAAUAAUCUGGUUCAAUUACCCGGAGUGAAAAAGGGCACACAUCGAUUUGACCGGCCGAGGCAGGCAUUUAUGAUUCCAAUGUCCAUGAUACCUGUCAACAUCAGACAACACAUCAGCAAUGUCCUGAGGCCAGCAUUGCCCAAACUGCCAGCACUACCAGUAGAACAGGUAGAGAAUGCUCUCCAGACAUCAGACGUGUCAUCACCUGGUUCCUCACUAUUAACAUCACCAGAAUCAACGCCACCACAAAAUUCAACACAUUCAACGUCAUCUGAUUCUUCACUACUAACAUCACCAGAAUCAACACCACCACGUAAAUCAACACCAUCAUCAGCAGCAUCUGAUUCUUCACUUCUAACAUCACCAGAGUCAACACCACUACGUAAAUCAACACCAUCAACAUCAGCAGCAUCCGAUUCUUCACUUCUAACAUCACCAGAGUCAACACUACCACGUAAAUCAACACCAUCAUUAUCAGCAGCAUCCGAUUCUUCACUUCUUCCAUCACCAGAAACAACGCCACUAAGAACACAGUUAACAUCAUCACUACUUUCAUCUGAUUCAUCAGUGCUUACAACGCCACAUUCAUUACUGACAUCAUCCUCAGCUUCGUCACUCCUAUCAACCCCACCACAUGCACAACAGUCAGAUUCAUCUGUACUAACAACUCCGGAAUCCACACCACCACCUACAGCAUCCUUGCCUACAGUGUCCAAUCCAGCCUAUAGCAACAUCAUCUGGCAACAGAUUUCCAGAAAUUUGUGGUAA